AUACAGAAACUACAAGUGAGCAUUCGUACGAAUAGCAAAGAAUGUACAUCAAAGUUUGGUCUUUGUUAAUUUUCAUUGCUGCGUGUUUGCAAAUCGUCAAAUGUAGAACAAACGGUAGUGAUAUAUGCAGACUACCAGAAGAUAGAGGUCGAUGCAGAGCAUUAAUUAAUAGGUGGAGAUACAAUAUGCGUACCGGUCAGUGUAAUCAAUUCAAAUUCGGUGGAUGUGGAGGCAAUGAAAAUAAUUUCGCCUCUAAAGAAAGUUGUUUAGAUGCGUGUGCAGGUACGUUAGAUAUUGAUAUUAGAGAUAUGUUACUCUAGUCAAAAAUGUAAAUAUGUAGAAUUCUUCAAGAUGAGCUUAAACUAUUUUUUAAUUCACCAUAAGUUUUGUGGAUUUAAAAUAAUUUAUGGUGAUGGUGAUGAUUUGUUCGAAUUAGAAAUUAUUAUUUUUUAACAAUUUUUAAGCUCCUUCCUUUUUAGUGAUGGUUUAAAUUUUCCUUUUUUACUUUAUAGCUUUAUCAUUAUUUCCAGUGAGCUAAAAAUAUGUUUAAUGUACCUAUAAUUUAAUAUUUUAGACUGUUAAGCCAAAUCUAAUUUUGAACAAUAUAGUUUACUUUUCUACAAAAUGUAUGCAAAUAUUUGCAAACAAUUAGUAAUAUGGGUAACAUUAAAUAUUGUGUAUUGUAAAUAGGUUAAAUCCAAUCCUACAAUAGGUAGGACCCACCAUUGUAACAAAAUGUAGAGCUAAAACAAACUAAGCUGAUAAAUUAUAUUUGAAUAGUAGCUAUUAAAGCCAAAUAGGUGCAAUAAUUAUUUUAAUUAUGUUAUUAUACAUAGUAUUAUACUAAUUUAAUGUGCCUAUGUGUUUAAUUUUUUCAUUUUUUUCUACCGAAGUGAUUGGUUAAAGAAGAAGCAAAUGUAUGAAUUAAAUGACACCUACUUAUUAUUUUUUUGCAGGUAUAUAGCAUAAAACCAGUUACUUAUAGAUUUUAGAUAAGUGUAAACCCGCACUAAUUUGAAGUUGCUGAAAUUUACCUAAAAGUAUUAUUUUCUUGUAAUGUUUUUAAAAGUUUUUG